GGUACAAUUCAAUGGAAAAUGAGAAUUUUCAAUAGCCCAGCAGGUAGUCGCAUUAGCUAGAAAUUCGUGGAAAUAGAUGUGGAAAGAAAAUUUUCAAGCCCUUUAGGGAGUGCGCAAGGGCCACAGCUCAACAGUUCGUUUUCCAACUUCAAGCUGAACACAAUGUUUGCGGUCUUGUUAAGAUGUCUCUGGUGCUGGACAUUGGUGCAGUGCAUCAGUGCGCGCGUUAAUUUGCUGCCCAAGUUCUAUGGUCAGGAUAGUGCUGUGGUAGUGGACACAUAUAGGCCGAAAAUGAAUCCCAAGCUACAGAAUGCGCUCUACUACAAUCUGCCCAUCUACAAGCUAGUGAAGCCUGCUGGCGCAGCAUCCACAACAGCAGCACCGGAAGUGGAGGAAUAUCCUAGCGAUUUGCUUGAAAUUGCACGUAGCAAGCUGGGCCUGAAGAACAUAGAUGAUCUUCCCAGCAUCAGUGAGCUAGGUGAGCUGCUGGGUACGGGCAGUCGAAGUGAAACGGUUAAAUAUAUACGCGCCCUGACCUCCAAUGAGCAAGGCUUAGCCUUAAUGCGAGCAUAUCUCAACUUUGAGCAGCCAGACGACGCAGAGAAUAUCAGCCCCACUACCAAGGAUAACGAAGAUAAUAAUACGGAUCUGGAUGCAGAAUAUGAUGAACAGCCAGUGAUUACCACCAGCACAGUAGCACCAGCUACAGAGCUACAGCAGCCAGGUUUAAUGCAACGGGUUAACGAAUUCUUGCAGAAUUACAAUCUAUGGUCAGAGACUCCGACUACAACGAAGCCUGGACUCCAACAAAUGCGCCCUGUUCUAUUGCGUCAACCUGUGCCCUUUCAUUAUCCCAUACCACUGCGCCCGCAGACCAAGCCAGCGACAAAGAUUACGUCCGCAGCAGUCCCACCUCACUUGAACACACCUAAGCAGACACCUGUGGCGCCGCAUAUACAACAACUAGCGCAGCUGGCCAACAUUUCACCCCAAGCGCUAGAAACUUUCCUACAGGCCGCCAGCAAUAGUAAGCUGGCCGAGCUGGUCAAACGCAUGCCGUUGGUGCAACUCCAUAGUGGCAUCGAUUCCCAACUUUUUAUGGCCGUCAAGCGUGCUAUUUCGCAGGAUCCAGAGCUUAAGCGCCUGCUAGCCUCUGCUCAAGCCUUAGAUUAAGUUGCAUAAUUAAUUACUGU